CAUUUUUGUUUAUGUCUAGUUACAGUUGCCGUGAGUUGCCUCAAGCAAGCGAUGUCGACAUAUUUAGCAUUUCAGAUUUAUAUCUAGAUCUAGUAUCUAGAUCUAAUACUAAAAUAAGGAAACAUUUUUUUAAGAAAAGAAAAUCAAAAAUGACAAAUUUGCUUCAUUUUAUUACAGUUACUCAACCUUUUUAAAUGACACAGUCGAUCAUUGUGCAGGGCCAAUGUGGAAACCAAAUUGGCUGCCGCUUUUGGGAUUUGGCUCUAAGAGAGUAUGCACAAGUGAAUAAGGAUGGUGUUUAUGAUGAUUCCAUUGGAAGCUUUUUUCGCAACGUUGACAGCAGACAUGAAGAUCCAGCAAACAUUCCACUGGGCGAAGGCAAAGGGAAAAUCAAGUCUCUUAAGGCUCGAGCAGUCUUAGUUGACAUGGAAGAAGGUGUGGUCAGUGAGCUGAUGAAAGGGCCACUGGGAGAAGUCUUUGACUGCAGACAACUACUUACUGAUGUGUCUGGCUCAGGUAAUAACUGGGCCACGGGUCACAAAAUGUAUGGCUCCCAGUACAAGGAACAAUUGUCAGAAGCUGUUCGUAGAGCUGCAGAGUUCUGUGAUUGCCUUCAGUGUUUCUUUGUCAUUCAUUCCAUGGGGGGAGGCACUGGAUCUGGUGUUGGAACAAGGAUCCUCAAUCUGUUAGAAGAUGACUAUCCAGAUGUAUAUAGGUUUGUUACUGCAGUUUAUCCUUCAGCAGAAGAUGAUGUUAUUACCUCCCCUUACAAUAGUGUCUUGGCUAUGAGAGAGUUAACCAAUCACGCUGACUGUGUCUUGCCUAUUGAAAACCAGGCGCUGGUUGACAUUGUAAACAAAAUAACCCAAGCACUGCCACCAACCAAAUCUGGAAAACGUGUGUACGGAGUAUCUCCUGCAGUGAAACCAGACAGUGCCCUUACUACAGGAACUGCUGUUGGCUCACCCGAAGAGAAACCUUUUGACAAGAUGAACAACUUGGUUGCUAAUCUUUUGUUAAAUUUGACAAGCUCAGCAAGAUUUGAAGGUUCUCUAAAUAUUGAUCUGAAUGAGAUCACCAUGAACUUGGUGCCAUUUCCUAAGAUGCACUAUUUAGUAGCAAGUCAGACACCACUCUAUUGCAUGGCAGAUGUCAAGGUUCCACCAAGAAGGCUUGAUCAGAUGUUCUCUGAUGCCUUUGCGAAAGACCACCAGAUGUUGAAGGUUGAUCCUAAGCACAGUUUGUAUCUAGCCUGUGCCUUGAUGGUCCGUGGAAAUGUAGAGCUUUCUGAUAUCAGAAGAAACAUUGACAGGCUGAAACCUAACCUUAACUUUGUCCACUGGAAUGAGGAGGGCUGGAAAACUGGUCUCUGUUCUGUGGCACCUGUUGGUCAGCCUUACUCCCUGCUCACCCUGGCCAAUAACACGUGUAUACAUAAUACAUUCACUGACAUCAGAGAUAGAUUCACCAAGUUAUUUAAGAGAAAGGCUCAUCUUCAUCACUACACUCAGGUGGAUGGGAUGGACAUGUCAGACUUCACCGACAGUCUGGAGUCACUCAACUCUGUCAUUGCAGACUACUAUAACUUGGAGCAGACCAUGGGUCAGCCAGUGGUCAUGGAACCAAGACUUCAGAUAGCAUCCUAAUGUUUACUCUUUAUAUGUGAUUGUUGCUAUAAGUGAGUGUGUGUGUGGGGGGGGGGAGGUGUAAUCUGAUUUGAAUUGUGAGUUUUUUUUAUGUAUGUAUUGAAAUUUAAUAUGAAAUAAAUAAUUAAAUAUA